AUGGCUCCCAGAUUCGACCUGCAGCGGCGAAACGACACCGUCGGCGAUGGCAACUGGCGCAUGCUUGCCUCGGACGAGGAUUUCAUCCUGGAAGGCUGGUCCGAGGGGUUCAUGGUCGGCGCACUCGUCAUCAUGGCUUGCAUCACCAUUGCGAACAUGAGGAGGAAAGUCCUUUUACACAAGUUGAUCCUGGUCGAGCAACUCGCAGCACUGUCACACGGAACGUUCUGCUUCUUCGGCUUCGAGGGCUACGGCUGGUACCUGUCGUCGACGGCCAUGUUCCUGUAUUUCUCGUGGAUCAUUCACAACGUCGUGGCGUGGAUGAAGAUCAAGCCCUUCUUCAUGGACUCGAGAAGCAUGUUCAAGCCUGACACCGGCAAAUGGGUGCGCAGAAUCUACUUGGGGACGUUGGCCCUGACGGUGCCGUUCAUCUGCUGGCAGAUCGCCAACAAUUUCCGCUUCUUCAACAACAUCAACAACUACUAUGUCAGGGUCCGGCCGUAUGAACCCCUGAUGAGGGACCCGUGGUGGGUGUUCACCUGCCUGACACUGUUUCAUGUGAUCAACUCGGUCUACGGCACUGGCGUCUUCGAGCUGAUCAGACGCUCACCGCGGUUCGCCAUCCUCUUGAUCGCCAUUUGUUUGGCCUUGAUCUUCACCGCCGUGGACAUUGCCGCAAGUAUCCAUAACUUUAUCGGUAGUACUGAUGGCAUCAAUCCGUGGUGGAAAAUCAGUCUGGUUUUCAAGUGUCUCACAGACACAAUCAUGCUCGACGAUUUCAAGACCGAACUCAAACGCCUCAACGUGAAGCGCGUGAGAAAGGAAGAAAUGAGGAGGCAAACCUUCGCUCUUGUCGACGACCUCCACGACCCCAAGUACGGCGACGACCAUCACAUGGAGUUCACGGACGCGCUGAACGCCAGCCCCCUUCGAUUCCAGACAAUGCAGAAUCUCGACCACAGUCCAAGCCAUAGCCCGAUGGGCCGUCCGAGGCAGGAUUCGGUCGCCGACUCGCAGCCGAAUGAGAAGGAAGCAAUCGGGAAAGCGGGCAAGAAGAUCUCCAAAUUGCCGGCUUUCAAGGACUUCGCCUUCGCCUCGGGGGGUCGAAAGAAAGCCAGGAUCCAAGAUCCUGAAGGGGACGCGCGAACCGACGCCUCGCAGCCUCCUACUCAACCACAAGCGUCGGAUCGACUGGCCGACAUGCGCCGGAGUCUCGGCGUGAUUGACUAUCAUACUAACUGA